AUGCUUCGCACUUAUUCCCAUGCACAGCCCAUUCUCAAAAAGUACAAGGACACGAAUGGAUUCGACGAUAUCUUUUCCGAGUUCACCGUAGCGCGCCGCAAAUUGCUUCAAAAAGAGGCUCGGACAUACGCGUCAUAUGCAAAGAAGACAUUUACCACUCAUAUUGGUGAAUCUCUCACCGAGAACCUGACCACAGCAACUCGUAGUGCCGUCAAGAAAAUGGGCCUUGACCACCACAAAAUCACGCCGCAUCAUCUUGUACGGAUGCUACUCCUGCGCACCUUUGCACGCGAAAACCCCACAUUGCUCCACGAGGAUGCCAACAAGGUCCCCCGUCACAACAUAUCCUCAGAUGUGAGCAAGACCCCGAAGCCAAGAACCACUGACAAGUCGUUCUGGGGUGUGUUUAUGGUGUGGCUGGAGAGCCUUGUUCAGAAGAACGGCGCAAAUAUCAAGGACGAGAAAUGGAAAAAGCAUGUUAUAGCCCUUCUCAAGACUGAGGAAGAGCUCCAUCCUGAAGACACCAUCGAGGGCCUUCGUGAAUACAAAGACGGCACCACUUCCGCUUCAGCCCAUCCACAGCCAGAGCCUACAGCCCGACCCAUCUGUGCACUCCCGCCGUCACUCUACCAUGGCUCCCGGCCCAUCGACAUCAAUAGCGCCGCAACCUGCUGCCCUGGUUUUUCCGUUACCCAGCCACAGUUUACCUCCACCAAACUCCCUCCCCUCCGAGUCCAUGGCAACCACGAAGCUGGACUUACUUUGCCCGGGUUGGACCAGCUCACCUCAUACCCGUCAAUGGCGCCAUUCCAAACCUUUGGAGCCUGCCGUGCGGCCGUGUACGUGAUACGGACGUCUACGUUGGGUAGACCGGCCGCGUAUCACGGCCUCGGCCAUGCCAAGCCCGCGUUAUUGGUGAGAUCCACGAUUUCCAUGCGGUCGCUCGCCAAAUCUGUGGCCAGGGAGUUGGAACAGCGGCCCGGUGAUCCCAUCACCGUAUCGGCCCGCACGUACGGAUACGAUACGGAGCAUACGGUCCACUGUCGGAGCUCCACGGUACGGACAUUUCGUCCGUACUUCCACACCCUCAUCUUCCCCGUCAUUCCUGGCCGCGACAUGAUGGAGCUGCCGAUGUACGCUUUUCUCGUGCAACACGGGCAGCGAAAGGUCAUGUUUGACCUCGGCAUCCGCAAAGACCCCCUCAACUUUGUGCCCAGCCUGGCUGCGCCGUUCGCGAGUGGCCAAUUCGCGCCGUCUCACUUUGACACGGACAUUUUCGACCUCCUCGGACAGGCAGGCAUUGCGCCAACGCCAAGCAGCAUAGAGAGCGUUAUUUGGAGUCAUGCGCAUUUUGACCAUAUCGGCGACAUGUCGAAGUUUCCAAAUACCACAUCGCUCGUCAUUGGCUCCGAAACCGACGUUUCUACUUAUCCCACCAAUCCGAAUGCUACGCUGCAAGAGUCCGAUUUUGCGUCAGCCUAA